CUCCCUGCGUGACCGCUGUGUGCUGAGCACGAUGGCCUUCCCCGUGGACCUGCUGGGCGACUGCAGCCACCAGGAGCUGGAGAGCUCGGCGGAGGACUACAUGUCGGACCUGAGGUGCGGGGACCCCGACCACCCGGAGUGCUUUCCGCUGCUUCAUGUCACGAUUCCUAUCAGCCUGUCAAACAUAGGCUUUCUGCCGCUCUAUGGUGGAGACCAGACCCAGAGGAUCCUCGCUCUUUUCGCGCCCGAGGACUCACUCACAGCCGUGGCGCUGUACCUCGCCGACCGGUGGUGGGCCGUUGACGACAUCGUGAGGACGUCCGUCCCUUCCCGAGAGGGCCUCCAGCAGGUGAGGACUCUCGGGGAGAGAGUGGUCCUGUAUGUUCUGAAUCGAAUAAUCUAUCGGAAACAGGAGAUGGAGAGGAAUGAGACCCCAUUCCUGUGCCACGGCAGCACUGACUACGCUAAGAUCCUGUGGGAGAAAGGAGAGGCCAUCGGGUUCUACUCCGUCAAGCCGACAGGAAGCACGUGCACCUCGUUCCUCACUCAGAGCUAUCAGCUGCCCGUCCUGGACACGAUGUUCAUAAGGAAGAAACACCGCGGCCGGGACUUGGGGCUUCACAUGCUGGAGGACUUUGUCGACUCCUUCACAGAAGAUGCCCUCGGCCUGCGCUACCCCCUCUCCUCUCUCCUGUACACAGCUUGCAAACAAUAUUUCGACAAAUAUCCUGGAGACCACGAACUGCUUUGGGAAGUUGAAGGUGUCGGGCACUGGUGCCAGCGCGUACCAGUCAGCAGAGCACUACAGAGAGAAACACUUCGAAUCGCAACCGCAGUUUCUCAGAAUGAUGCCAGAAAGCCCAUGUGUGGAGAAUAUGGCCUUGUGCCCGUCCCAGACUGUGAAGCCAGGAGCGAAGACGGCCAGCCCAGUGAGACGCAGCUGACGAUUGAUUCUCUAAAAGAUACCUUUGCAAGUCCUUCUGAAGGUCAGGUUAAGGCACCGGUUUCAACUCAAUUUUCUAGUCUAAACUGUCAAAGGAAUGGUUUCCUUCUGCAUUUUUUCAGAUCGGAACCCACUCCGCGCACGUCGGAGAGCUCAGAAGAAUGUCUGGACGAGGAGGCUGAGCACAGCGGGGCCGACUUUGAAGACGAGAGCAGUGAUCAAGAGGCCCAGCCGGCGCCCGAGGCUCAGACGCGGCCCGAGAAGCAGGGUGUGGAAAAGGAAUCUGAACUAGAGCCCAUGAAUGGUGAGAUGAUGGAUGACACACUCCAGAACCCACCAAGAACUGAGGAAGAGGACUCCACGAGUGGCGUUUUAGACGGAGAGUCUGAGUUGCAGCCUUUGAGUUCCAUUGAAGACGCUACAAGUCCUGUUCCAGUGGAGGCAGAGCCGUCAAAAUCCCCAGAAAGUAAUGCUCAGGAUAAGGUAAGCCCGGGGCAAGAACUGAAUUGGUUCAGAAAAAAUCUAAGAAAACAGAGCAUACACGGGAUUAACAAAAGUGACGGGUCGAGACCCCGUGAACUCGUCGGUAUUACCGUGAGCCCCUGCGCUUGCCUUCCUGGGGGGCUCCACUGCAAACCGGUCACCGCGUUUACCUUUCAGGCCGACUCGGAGGCGAUGCUCUCGGAAGGCCCCGCCGAGGAGCAGGGCCAGCAGCACCCCGAAGACAGGCCGCCCCAUCCCCCCAGAAAGAAGGCACAUCUGGCGAGCUCCGAGCACGCUGCCGCCGCCGGCCCGGGCGAAGAGCGCCACGACAGCGCUUCUCCAGGCCCCGCGGCAGCCGAGUUUUCUGAAGAAUCCGCCCCCGAAAACGUGUCGCCCAACACCACCUGCUCCCUGGACGACCAGGGAGAGGACGGGGAGCCCGAGAGCCGGGAGACGCCGGCCGAGGCGGAGCUCGAAGACGCGGCCGCCCCGCAGAACUCGGGCCCGAAGAGCCCGUCCGAGGAGCAGUCGGAGGCCUCGUCCGAGCAGCUGGAUCAGUGCACGCAGUCCGCAGACAAGAUCGCGGACAGCAGCUCGGAGGAGAUAGAGGUGGAGGUGCCUGUGGUGGACAGGAGGAAUCUGAGGAGAAAGGCCAAAGGCCACAAGGGGCCGACUAAGAAGAAAACCAAGCUCGCCUGAGCGAAGCCGCAGUGCAGAUACAGCUUCUUCUUUGUACACAUAAAUGUCGUUUUUAAAAUAUGAUGGUAACUGGUAAAUCGCAUGGGGCCCAGGACAAAACUCUCCAAGAUUCCCAUUCGAACUUACUCACGACGCAGCUUUACCCUUCCGUCUAACGCCUAGGAGUCACCGUUCCUUCCGAUUGUGCAGGAUGCUUUGUGUAAAUAGUUUAUUUUUAUUAGCCGUGUUUCAGUUUUGGGAAACCAGAUCAUACUAUAUUUUCUUUAGUAGUUGGGAUCAUCUGAUCAUUAAUAUUAAAAAACAUAUAAGUAAAAGAAACCA